GCGGGCGCGGCAGCGGCGGGCUGCGGCGGGCGGUGUAGACGCCCCUUCGCUGGAACCCAGCACCCGGGACUGGCCGGCCGGCCUCUCUGUGCAGCACCUUGCUGCCACCCAGAGUUCUGAGUGGAGAAGCCUACCAGGGCCUGAAGUUGUGAAACCGAUGGCACUUGGCACCUGAGAAGAGGACUAAAAAGGAAGGAAGAGCCCAUGGACUUGCCACGUUUUUGUUGUAUAUCUGCAGCUCCAAGGCUCCAGGCAAGAAGUAAGAACAGUGAUCAAGUGACAACAGAUCCUGACUCACGUCAGUUCACAGCCUCACACAACAGGGUAGCAGAAAACAAAGAAUUUAGAUUGGACACUGGCUACUGCUGUUCACUUUCUGUGUGACCUCAGAAAAGCCAUGUAACUUCUCCAGACCUACAAUCUUGGAAGAAGCAGAUAAUUGAAGGCUAGCUUUGAGAAGUAUCAAGUGUUGCCGGGAAUAUCAGAAAAUUGAAAGCAAUUUUAUGAUCCUGCACCUACUGUGGCAGUAUAUUAAAAAAGAUAAUAAAGUGUGUACCCAGGAAGUAGCUGCUCCUCUACCAACCAGAAAUUGUAUUGAAGGAUGUCUCCUAAGGAUUUUGUCAUUUGAAAUCUUCUGAAUUUCAGUCAGCUCUUUUUAGAAAUGCAGAUAAAGAAAAUGAAGGAUAUUGGACAGCAGUUGUAUACUACACAAGUGAAUGGUGGACAUAAUUCCUUGACCAUGUCACCCAAACAACCUGAUGCUAAUGGAGCACCUCGACCAGAUAGACAGGAAGUGCAAACUCUUUUGUAUCAAGGCUCAGAGGCAGAGGCUGCCAUGAUGACCAUUGCUACAUGUGUAAAGUGCAAAAGUGUUCACAAAGUCCCUCUUCGAGAUUUGAAAAAGGGUAUGGGGCAAAGCCAGAAGGAAGACAUAUAUGUCUGCUUCAAAUGCAAAUUUGGUGUGGCUCCUCCCAGUUUCCAUUUUGUGAACAAUAAUCCCAGUGCUACUCAUGUUGGAAAUAAAACUGAAACCGUCUCAAGUUCUGCCAAUAACAAAUUUAAGGUAAGGAACUUUAAGCCAGGCAAAUAUUAUUGUGAUAAAUGUCGAUUUUCCACAAAGGAUCCUCUGCAGUACAGAAAGCACACACUUCAACAUGAAGAGAUUAAAUUUAUUUGUUCUCACUGCGGCUACAUUUCAUAUACAAAAGGAGAGUUUCAGAGGCAUUUGGUGAAACACACAGGCAUAUUCCCUUAUCAGUGUGAGUAUUGUGAUUAUGGUGCUAUUAGAAAUGAUUAUAUUGUCAAACACAGGAAGAGAGUCCACGAGAGGGCUGGUGCAAGACGGCCACUCAAAACUACUGCCAAGCUAGAGCCAAAAAGAGCCAGCACUUCAAAACAAAACACAGAGCUUUUGAAAGUUUCUAAUCCAAGGACUAUAUUUCAAAAUAAGUGGUCAGAUCAGCUUUCAAGGUUCUCUCUCCAUGCAAAUAAAGACAAAAUGCACAACAUCAUGUUGUUACCUGAACCAAAGGAAUACCAAAAAGAUGUAGUGUGUAUCCCAAAUAAAGUGGGCAUGUCUGAGCAAAAUGAAGUCAACCUGUUUGAGAACAAAAAUGUUGAAGUAGAAGUGUUAUCUCCUGCAAAAGAACCGGUUCAGCCAGGUAUGCCAUUAACAGUUGUGGCACCAGCAGAACUAGUUGUCCCUGCAAACUGUUUAGCCCAGUUGAUAGAUGUGAAGGUUGUCAAUGGUACCCAGCAGGUGGUUCUGAAACUGUUUCCGCUGGAAGAAAAUAAUUGCCACGAAGCCAGCAGGGGUUAUGGAGGUAAUUUUGAGCGUAUGACUAAAGAGAAGGGUUCAAAUGAACAAGAAAAAAUAGUUUCUGCAGAAAAAACAAAGUCACUGACAAUUGAAAGGAAUGUUGGAAAACUUGUAGGCAUUGAUAAUCUUCAAUCUUCAUUUCAGAAACAAUUUAAAAAUGUGAAAUGGGUAAGAUCUUAUGAUAUUUUCAUGUCAAACGCUAAUGUUCACAAAUAUGGAGAAUCCUUUCUCAAUUCUGAAAGAGUUGAGGAUUUACAGAAAAAAAAUAAUUUAUAUCCACAUAGAACUUCUCUUCCUUCCAUUGCCUUAAAAGGUCGUUCACCAGCAUCUGUAUUAAAAAAUAGUGUUUUAUGUGGUCUUAGAGGUGCAUCAAACCCUUUUCCAUAUAAAGCUGCUGUUUCUUUUGCUGAAGAUGGAAGAAGUUUACCCAGUGACUCACAGCAGUUACUCCCUCUUGCUGCAUCACCUGCAACCAUUUCCUACUAUGGAGAAAAGGGAUUAUUGCCCAUAAGUGAAAAUGACUUGGAAUCUAGAAGUAAGAUCAGUUUUCCUGUAAAAAUGGUUUCCUCUAAUGGGAAGCUGGAAGAUAACCAGACAGAGGAAUGCAAGGCAGUUUCAAAUGUAGGCCAGAUGUCCUCUCAACAUAAAAGUGAGUAUUUACACCUAAAUAUGGCUGGAGACGACAGAAUUAGAUCUCAACAGUCUGAGGAUAAGCCUUUGGAAUUAAAGAAUUCUGAAAAGACUAAUGACACUUUUGAUGGCCCUGUCAUCUCAUCAGUAUUUUCUCUAAGUUCUGGAUCUGAAAAUGUCCCUGAGGGCAUUAAAUGGAAUAGUUCAACAUCUAAAAUAAAGUCAAUUGAACUCUUACGCAGAAAGAUAGCUCAGUUAAUUGAAUCCUGUGGCAAGCCUUCAUCUUUGGCUGCAAACAGUGCACAUCGUCGUUCUGUAGGACAGGCAUCAAAGGUAACUUCAAAAGCUACUCCUGAGGGUAUUCCAGAAAUUAAUGUGUCAUUCACUGGCCCUGGUCAUUCCAUGGGUGCUCUCCGGAAACCUCAGAAUAUUGGUGGUAUUACCAGUAAUGGACACCUUACUCAUCAGCAAAUGUAUCCACAGUUUGUAGAUGGCAUUGGUGGAAAAACUGAAAGCAGAGUGACCAGGAAGCCUCAUGUUGCUACUCCAGUGUUGAUCCCCAAAGGAGCUGUGUUGAGGGUUCUCAAUUCCUCUGAGGAUGCCCACAUCAUAGAGGCUACAUGUGAAGCACCUGUCAACAUACCUUGCAGUGAAACACACUUAAUAAAACCGCUUCCGUUGUGCCCUGUGAAAUGGAGAAACUCAGACAUACAGCCUUUGACAAGUGAAAGUGGGCCAAUAGACAUGUCCCAAAAUCUUGAGACAUCUUUUCGGCUUAAACCAAGAAGAGAGAGUGCUAUCUAUAGCAUCACCCCUAAAAAAUCUGGCCUCCUGUAUGGACAGCAAGGAAGCAGUGAAUUGGGUAGGCAAGGGAAACUACUUUCCAGAAAUCUUUCUGUAAGUAGAAAUAAAACCAAACGAGUAAACUUAUCCAAGAAGAAAAACAAGAUACAGACUGACUCGAGCCGCUGUCUCAAGGAUCCUUCAAUUUUUCAGGUUGCAAGACAACUUCGACUAAUAGCAGCUAAACCAGAUCAAUUGAUUAAAUGCCCCCGUCGGAACCAGCCAGUCAUUGUGUUAAACCAUCCUGAUGUUGACUCACCAGAAGUGACCAAUGUGAUGAAGGUAAUAAAUAAAUAUAAAGGCAAUGUCCUCAAAGUUGUUUUAUCAGAGAGGACUCGGUGUCAGCUUGGCAUCAGACGGCACCAUGUCCGGCUCACUUACCAGAAUUUGGAGGAAGCCAACCAAAUUAAAAGGCAAAUGAUGUUGAAAAUGAAACUUAAAAAAGUUCAUAAAAACAACUACCAGGUGGUGGAUUCCUUGCCUGAUGAUUCAUCACAGUGUAUAUUUAAGUGCUGGUUUUGUGGGAGGCUAUAUGAAGACCAGGAAGAAUGGAUGAGUCAUGGUCAGCGGCAUUUAAUAGAAGCAACUAGAGACUGGGAUGUGCUUUCUUCCAAGGGCAAAUAAGUAAAAAAUUGUUCUUUGAAGCAAGUUAUUUUUCUUUUAGUUUAUUCUGGUUUGGGCUGCCCCCCACCCCACCCCUAGAUUCAGUAGGAGAAAUACAUAGACUGUAGAAAUGAGAAGAUCACUAAUUCUUCAAAUCACCUGUAAGAAUAUUGAGAGCCAGUGGUCUGAACCUGAGAUAUGUGACUGGACCUUCGAAUGUAUUUGAUCUUCCUGAAAUUGUACCCACAAGUUGAUGUAUAUGCAUUUAUCUGGAGAGAGGAAGUAAAACUUUCAACAGAUUUUCAGUGGGAUCUGAGACCUCUUUGUUUAGCACCCAUUUUUCUGAGUAGAUAGAAAUCUCUUGCCAUCCAUCCAGAGGGGCAAAUUGAGAAUGUUUUACACAUACUCUUUAUAUAAAUGCUACUGAAGGAUUAAACCUAUGUUUUGGCGUGCACAUCCACUUUGUUUUUGCUUUAACUUGUCUCGUGGAUAUUUGAUACAUAAUGGAAAUUAUAUUUUUUACUUUAUUAACUAUCUUAAAUUUGGUUAUAGAAAAAUGACCAUUCUUUUUCAUCUGUCUCUCACCCUGUAAUACUUGUAAGUGUCCCACAUAGCACAGAGAGUUUUGCUUUUCUUGGCCAUUUUAAAGAAUGUUUCCAAGGGCUUGCCUGAACUUCUUCAACAACAGGUGUUAGGAAAAGAAAGAUAACAUUUUCAAGUAUUUACCUUUUACUUUGUUUUAAAAUACCUUGAUUUAUGACAAUUGCAUAGAGAACGUGCCUUUGGGGGGAAAAAAGAUGGUUAUCAUAAAAAAAAUCUAAAAUUAAGUCUUUGUCCUUAGCUCUCCCACAAACAUAAAUCAAGUAACCAAUUAAAAUGUGAGGAAACAGCCAUCUUACAACAUAGAUAAACUGAGGAAGGCAAUUCAAGGUGGGCUUGUAAUGAAAGUUGUGAAAGGAGUUUCAUGUGACUUGUAGUUUUCAUUCUCGACUCAUCCAGAGACUGGACGGAUGCUGCCUACUCUUUCUUCCGAUCACUGUGAGUCACAGACACUGCUCCCCAGGGAAGGUCCUAGCUCCUUUUGCCAUUUUUUUCUGAACAGGCCCUCUUGUGCAGUAGGACAGCUUCCUUGCUCAUUUUUAUCCCUUCCCUUCUAUGGUGUUGAAGCUCCUUAAGGUUUUCCCUCCUGAAACUACUAGAAACUGGCAGCAUCAACAAAAUGGGAACCUCCCACUGUCUUUGCUGAAGUUAUAGGAACAGGAUCCCUGGUUUUCACUGAUAGUAGGGAUCUGCUUCUAAUUUCUCUUAACCACAGUCAUGCUUUCCCUGCCACUCAGCCUUCCUUCCUAGGAAGCAGCUCUGAAAAUACUCUUUCCACUCCCCCUCUCUGCCAAGAGAUGUCAGGACUAUCCUGAUCUGCACAGCACCUUUGCGUACUUUAGAAAACAGCCCACCCCCUGCACAGGCACAACUUUUUGGGCAGAUAGAUGGCUUGGCAUAUGCAGCUCGAGAUUGGAUUUUAGUCUUCACUUGCCCAAGUAUCCAGGCACCAGCCUUCAUGCAGAACACAACACAGCACAGCCACAAAGCAGCCCAACUCUCCUUUUCCUCCCUUCAGGAACUGUUCUUGCCUUAGGGGACUUACGGGUGCAGUGAAUGAAACUGGGGAGCUGUCACAUCUGAAAAAAAGACACCAGUGAUUUCUCUUAUUGGGUAGGCAGUUGGAAACUUCCUGAUUUUUUUUUAUUUCCACAUAGGAAGGUCCUAGAUUAUCCUCUGAUAGAUGGAAUUGUAAUCCUUUGCAGUCAGUUCUCAUUACAGAUGAUGAACAUUUCUUAUGUAUAAUUCAAUACAUGAUCAUUAAGUUGGUUAAUUUUUAUUGAAAUUUAAAACUUGCAUUUUAUAUAUGUGUAUAUAUGUAUGUGUACACAUAAAUAUUUUUUACCAUAUGAAAGUUGCAGUAGCUAAUUUUCUGGCUUCCUAUUUUAUAACAUGUGGGCUAGAAAAACGUAAAACAUUUUUAUAUUCUAGAAAAUUUAUUUUGGAAGCACAUUUUUAUAAUGGUCUGAUUUCAUCCUUAGAAAAUCGAAGCACAGUAAGUGAUAGGGUCUGCUUCAUUUGAACAAACAGGAAUAAAAACCCCUGUGUAUCGUUUUAUUACAGCAUUUAGUCCUUGUGCAUUUUUAUUUGGUGCUUUUUGGGAAAUGGAUCUUGGAUGCCAUUUCACUGCAUAAAGGAGCAUUCUGAAGUUUUAUCCAUGUUACAGAUUUGUACUCUUCCAAUAUGAAAGAAAGCUCCCAAGACAUGGAAAAGAGGAGAAAAGAAGAAAAAGCUGUGAUGUUUCAUUUUUAAUUUUUUGAUUUUUUUAAUACUUUUCUCUCCUUCUAUACCUCACCACUUAGUAGCUUUUUCCUGAAAAGCUAGACUGAGAAUUGGCCAUGGAUCAGGUCAGUGUUAAGUGUCAACGUGAGAUAUUUACUCUUUGCACAUCAGCUAUUUUUCAUGUAUUAUCUAAAACACAACUUGCGUACUUUGGAGGUUAAUUUUGUGAGUAGAAUAUGUAGCAAAGUUUUUUGGGAUUUUCAGUACUAUCAUACCUUUUAAAGAAUUAAAAUUGUCCCUGGAAGUCAUAAAAAUGGGAAAGCAAAAAGUAGCUGUCUUCCCUGAAUAAAGAGCUUUAGAAAAUAACGUAGGUAUAUGUUAUGAAAUAAAGACAUUUCUAACAAAACUGGAGGGGGUAGGGGCAGAGAGCUGUGUUGAGUAUUUGUGUGCUUUUACCUUGAUCUUGAAGGACCUCUGGUCACUAUGUUUUGUUAGUACUACUAAUAAAAUUAUUUUAAACUUCUUUUUUAAAGUAGAUUUUUUGGGGGGGAGAUUAGAAAUGGAAUGACUUGUUAUAUUUAUGAUACGGACAAAUAGACUAAAUUUAAAAAGAAACCAGACUCAAAGCAUACUCUGAUAGAUUAUAUUUUAAUCAAAUUUUUAUCCCCAGUCCAAAACAUUUUAUAAGCCCCUAUUAAUGGGCCAAGUGCUGUUUGUUGAACUAAACUAUGAGUCUCAAAAGCUCUAUCCCUCUUUCUUUAGGACAUAUAUAAGCCAUCCCAGAAAAUGAAAGUGUGAUGCUGCUUGGCCUUUGGAAUAACUUAAACCCGUAAAUGUCUAUAUGAGCAGAAAACAAAACUUUGUGUACCAUGUUUUAAGUAUUAUUAUAAUUCCUGUGUUAACAGUUUGUGUGUCUGCUGCUCUGAUUUUGAAACAUUUGUAUAUCAAUAUAGAAGUUGGCGUAAAUUUUGUUAAAUAAAGCAACUGUAAAAUUU